CAAUCAGGAUAAUUAUCAAAUAUGUGCGGAGUAGCUGGCCAAAGAACGUGGUUGACAUGAGAUGUUCCUGAAUAAUAUCAGCGGGGCAAUAAUUUCCCCCAUCGGCCACACGGCCCGCGCAAAUAAUUUCUCCAGCUCCUUCUUCAACCUAAAGUUGUCCACAACCAAAUUGUGGCAUUCCUUUUGCUAUCUCAUCCUAUCGCAGAGAACAUAAUGGCAAUUCAUUACCUGAUCCUGUUGUCGCGGCAAGGCAAAGUGCGUCUUGCCAAAUGGUUUACGACUCUCUCGCCGAAGGAGAAGGCCAAGAUUAUCAAAGAUGUGACUCAGCUCGUCCUGUCCCGUCGCACCCGGAUGUGCAAUUUCCUCGAGUACAAAGAAACCAAGGUCGUCUACCGCCGUUAUGCCUCCCUCUUCUUCAUCGCCGGUUGCGCUUCCACCGAUAACGAGUUGAUCACCCUCGAAAUCGUGCAUCGAUAUGUUGAGCAGAUGGACAAGUACUACGGCAACGUUUGCGAGCUCGACAUCAUAUUCAACUUCCAAAAGGCAUAUUUCAUCCUCGAUGAACUCCUGCUUGCGGGCGAGAUGCAGGAGAGCAGCAAGAAGAAUGUGCUCAGGUGUAUCAGUCAACAGGAUAGUCUGGAAGAUAUGGAGGUUGAGGAAGAUGUGGUUACGAAGAUCAUGUAGCAACUGUUUGACAAGCGAGCGUUUCCCUGUUCAUACUGUUUUCUUUGGGUUUUCGCUAUCCGGAUUUUCGAGGGCAGUUCGACAGGCGUUUGGACGUACAUAGGCGUUGUCUUCUACUAUGCGACUUCAAGCACUAAUUAAUACUACAUUGGCCAGUUCCAG